CAGGUCAGCUCAAACAUGGAGAAAGGAGCAGGGAGACAAAGAGGAGGUGAAGAGGAGGCGAUUCUAGAGGUGGAGGAGACAGGUGCAGCAGGGCAGUGGAGGGAAACGGAGGUGCUGGCUCUUCUGUCAGUGUGGGGGGAGCUGGGAGCAGCUCAGAAUUCAGGUGUAUGCAGUAGAGCCACUUUUGAAUGCAUCUCAGAGCAGCUGAAAAGGCUGAGCGUGCUGCGUGGCUGGAGGGAGUGCCAGGCCCAGUGCAGGCGGCUGGGACUUCAGGGCAUGAAGGCUGAACAGCCAGGCACAUCCACCAACUACAGCCAGGGGGAAGCAGCCAUGAUGGACACCCAAAUGAACCAAAGUGACUGGGAGGAAAAGGAGGAUCUUACCAGUGAGAAAGAGGCUCACUCUUCCUCAGUCAUAAUACAGGAAGGCCGCCAUUGGACAGAUGAGGAGGUGCGAGCUCUGCUUUGUGUCUGGUCUGACCGCCACGUCCGCCAACGCCUCAAAGGAACGCUACGCAACAAGGCCAUCUUCCAGGAGAUGGCCCGCUGCAUGCAGAGGGGCUUCGGAGUGGUGCGCAACUGGAAACAAUGCCGCACUAAAUACAAGAACCUCAAGUAUGAGUACAAGACAGCCAAGAGUGCCCAGGAUGCUGCAGGCAGCAGUGGAAGUGGCCCAGGAAGGUACAUGAAGUUCUUUGAUGAGGUAGAGGCCAUAGUGCUGGACAGGGAAUUUGAAGGGUGCCAGGAUAUGCAGAGAGGACCUGAAGGGGACCAGGGAGCUGGGAGGCUGGGCCCUCUGGAAGGCAAGACUCAGUCUAAAGAACCCGAAGGAGACCUGGUCAUUGAGAUAGACGAUGAUGACAACAGUGACAAUUAUGAGCUAGACACAGACCAAAACCAAAGGGAAUCAGGAGUCCAUCUAUCACCAUUGGAUCAAUCUAGCUCCGAGCAGUUCCACGUGGUAACGGUGUCUGACACAGGCCGGAACUGGAGUGACCAGGAGGUGCAUGCUCUGAUCCAGGUGUGGUCGGAGGAGGGUGUGUGCAGGCAGCUGGAGAGCUCCACCAGGAAGAGGGAUAUCUUUGUGCAGAUCUCCUGCCGGCUACUGCAGCAGGGGGUGGAGCGCGACUGGAAGCAGUGUCACACCAAAUACAAGAACCUCAAGUACCUGUAUCGCUCCCUACAGAGGGGCAGGGCUGACAGCACAGACCCACGCCGUCUCAUGAGGUUCUAUGAUGAGGUGGAUGCCAUUUUGACCAGGUCGGAUAGUGGACCUGCCAUGGGAUAUGAGGAACAAGCAGAGGCUGGCGCCAUGAUGGGGUAUGAGGAUGACACAGAUGCCAUGACUUGUCCAGUUAACUCUUACACAGCUCAAAGCUAUGAGGUUAACCCAAAGAAUGAGGACCAACAAACACACACAGACAAUUCUGAUACCGAUAAAAGACAGGAUCUGACUGCAAAAAGAGGACUGAAAAGGAAAGCAUUGAUUCAAGAUACCUGUAGAAUUGUGAAGAAAAAUUAUACUGGGAGCAGCUGUGCUGAGAGUAUUGAUUUCCAGUGCAAAUUGGAGGAGGAACAAAACAUUCCCAUUACAGAGAUCAACUCAGUGGCAGCCUCUGUCCGACAAAAACAGGUUUUCAGAUUAUCUACCAACAUGGCACCUGCAUCAGUGCUGAAACUUGGACAGAAACUAAAUGAGGGAAAGACCAAGCAGAUAUUCGAGCUCGUGGAUGAGCCAGGCCAUGUUCUGGUCCAGUCCAAGGACCAAAUCACGGCCGGGAAUGCGGUGAGGAAGGACCAGAUGGAGGGGAAGGCCGCGAUAGCAAACAGAACCACGAGCUGUGUUUUCAAGCUACUGCAGGAAGCGGGCAUUAAGACAGCCUUUGUAAGGCAGCAGUCGGAGACUGCGUUUGUGGCAGCCCACUGUGAGAUGAUCCCCAUUGAGUGGGUCUGCCGACGGGUGGCUACUGGAUCCUUCCUGAAGAGGAACCCAGGCGUCAAGGAGGGCUACAGGUUCUCCCCUCUGAAAAUGGAGAUGUUCUUCAAGGAUGAUGCCAACAAUGACCCUCAGUGGUCGGAGGAGCAGCUGCUGGAGACUAAGUUCUCUCUGGCUGGGCUCAACAUCGGCCGCUGUGAGCUGGACAUCAUGAACCGCAGCACUGUUGCCAUCUUUGAGGUUCUGGAGAGGGCCUGGGCCACCCAGAACUGCACACUGGUGGACAUGAAGAUUGAGUUUGGUGUGAAUGUGCGCACCAAAGAAAUUGUGCUUGCCGACGUGAUUGACAAUGAUUCCUGGAGGCUGUGGCCUGCAGGAGAUCGGAGUCAGCAGAAAGACAAACAGGUGUACCGGGACCUGAAGGAGGUGACUCCUGAGGCCAUGCAGAUGGUGAAGAAAAACUUUGAGUGGGUCUCUGAAAGAGUGAUGCUUCUGCUGGAGCCCAAGGCCUGUGGCAGAGUGGUGGUUCUGAUGGGCUCCACCUCUGACCUAGCCCACUGUGAGAAGAUCAGGAAGGCCUGUGGCUCCUACGGAAUCCACUGUGUCCUCCGAGUCACCUCUGCACACAAAGGACCAGAUGAGACUCUUCGCAUCAAAGCUGAAUACGAAGGAGACGGAGUACCGACUAUGUUUGUGGCUGUGGCGGGCAGAAGCAAUGGCCUUGGUCCAGUGAUGUCAGGAAACACCGCCUACCCAGUCAUCAAUUGCCCUCCUAUCACCCCUGACUGGGGGGCACAGGACAUCUGGUCAUCUCUUCGCAUGCCCAGCGGUCUUGGCUGCUCCACAAUCCUCUCCCCUGACGCUGCAGCCCAGUUUGCAGCUCAGAUCUUUGGGCUCAGUGACCACCUGGUGUGGUCCAAACUGCGGGCCUCCAUGCUCAACACCUGGGUGUCUCUGAAGCAGGCUGACAAGAAGCUGCAGGCCUGUAGCCUGUAAGGAGCCACCUGUACUGUACCAUUCCAAACCCUGCCAGAGCUCUCUAAGAUGGGCAUUGUGAAGGGUCACUGCUUGGCUGUGUCAUGUCUAAUGAAAUAUUUACCAUGUAAAAUCAGCCCUACAACACAUUUCUCUAAUCAUUCCCUUAAUAAAGUGAUUCAUGUGUAUAAACAUCUGA